AUGGCCGUGUCAAACGAGUUCAUCAUCGGCCUGGUCUUCAACAUCACCAGCCUCGUCACCAGCCUCAUCGCCAUGUGGCAGACCCACAAAAUACUAUCCAUCGCACGAUAUCGCUCGCUGAACGAUAUCGAAGCGCCCUCCUCCCAAGCUCAUACUCGAACCGCCGAAAGAGCGCCGUCCAUCAUUUCGACGGGAGACGAGGAGGAAGGAGCGAAAUGUCCAUAUAGGAUUAUUGUAUCCCACCCAGCGAAGCUGUUGAACUCCAUGUCAGGGAGAACUUCUGCCAUUCAGACAUGGAUUGGGUGGUGGAGAGUACCUAGGGCCGUGCCGAACCUUUAG